AUGUCUUCCAACGAAUCCCUUUACCUCUCAUCUGUUGACAGCACCCUCGUCGACGAACGAACAUCGCUUCCCAAUUACGCCCGCUCCCCCACUGUGUCAGAAGUAGGAGACUUUGAGGCCACAUUCGUCGCAGAAGAAACUCGCAUGCUCAGCAUGAGAGAGACAGAGGAUCAAAUGGAGGAAGUAGCCAGGAGGUAUCAGGCUCUAGUCGACGCUAACGCAGCAGAAGAAGCGGCCGUGGCGCAGACUCCUGGAUCCCCCGUCAUAGACAUAUCCACAUCUCCUUCGUCCUCACCCUCACCGCCCCCUUUGACCCAUGAAGCUAACGAAGGCAUCGUUUUCCCGGAUAGGGAAACUUACCUCACAACCCCCGUCGCGUAUAUGAUGGGACUUAUUGAGGGGACACCUAACACAGAGUUCAUGUCAGGACCGACUAGACCGGAGAUUCAGCGGGCGUUGGAGAUCUUGGAAGAGGAAAGGAGUUUUGUUCGACACGCACAGCGAGCCUUGCAGAUCCGAGAGGGCACAAUCAUCGCCCGUAUUAACGCUGGAGAGUGA